CGCACCAUGUGGCGCUCAAUGUCCAACGUCGCCAUCUAGAGUGUCGCUCACUCACUCCGUUCAUCGUCCCUUUUUCGGUUGUGUGUGUGUGCCGCAGGUGGGACCUGCUGCAGCAGCCCCUUAUGGAGAUGGUUUUAGCAGUAUUACAAUUCGGCAUCCCAUUUGAUCCGCCUUUUCGUUUCUUUCCUGUGGGAGUCGGCAGUGGGCGGCUUGCUCAUUCGUGGCAGUUCCUCGGAAAGACUUCGUAGUCGCGUUACAUGUUUCUUGGGGGUUAAAUGUGGUGGUGAUGGCUGCGACGGGAAUGCGAGCUUUGCUUCUCAUUGUGAGGUGCGAGGAUCCAGACUUGGGGUGUGUUCAGGAUGAGGGGUGUCUUCAUGUUGUAGUCACAUUGGGAAGUUUUUUCUCAAUUCGCGGAGUUUCGUGGUGACGAGAUCUGAAAGAGGUUGUUGAUUAAAGGAAUCUUAGUACACGCCGCACAUAGUUGCGUUUUUCAUUUUUUUCUUUUUUCUUUUUUUUUAAUAAGAGACCUUUCUCGUGUUUUUUUGCCCAAAUGAGGAGAGAAAUUUAGUGUACAGAUUUGGGUUUGCGUGAGCGUCUCCCAUUUCCAACUUGCGGGAAGAUUUUUUGUAGUCUUUGCUCACAGCUUUGGAGAGCUUCGCGGAAUUCGUCCAUCCUUCGGAAAGUUCUUGCGUAUAUUAAGAAGAUUGAGGGCACUUCAGGGUGUUGAAGACUAAGUCGUAGUGAUUUCAAUGGCCAAUUAAGUUUGGGAUUUGUCGCAGAUCUGGAUGAGCUCGGAGAUCAGUCAAUUCUGCCUAAAAUUAUUGUGAUUGUCUGUCUCCGCGAGAACGAAACUGCGAAGGGGUUGCGGAAGAUUCUAUCGUUCUCGCACUGAAGAAUAUGAAUGUAAUUUAACAGGCCUUUCAAAUGAGUUCGAUUCUAAUGGAAUCAGCGAUCCCCGCUGCCAUAGAAACAAGGUAUCGGCCACCGGCGCUGGUGUGGGUGAUGGCGUCUGCUUUUGUGCUGUGCUGGGGUACAGGUCUGAUCGCUACCAAGAGACUGAUCAAACAAGGAGUUUAUCACAGGCUCUCGUGGCUAUCCUCUGUGAAACGACAAGUCCACGUUGGUUUCUGGAUUUGCGCAGAGGAGCUUCUGUAUGCGUACUUGGCAUUUUUGAACAUAGUGAUGGGCGUGGCAUUCUGGUUUUUGGACUUCUAUCACGAGGGGAAACCGCAGUUGAACUACAAUUACUUCCCAGUGUCCAGCCAGCUGCAGAAAGUGAUGGAACCUGAUCUGAGAAAUCCGGGAUUGAAGUUGGAUGGUGAUGUCGUACUCAAGCCAAAGCGCGCUGGAAUUUUGCGCCCCAGGAGGGUCAAAGGGAAUGCUUGUGGGUGCUGGGGUUAUGAAGUGCCAGACCUCCAUUCUAAAGAAGGACUAAUCGCAAAUGGAGCACAGGAAGAAGAUGACGAAGAAGGAGAAAUCAAGCCUGCUCGCCCUCGGUGGUCGGAUUGCCAGUGCCCUGAGUGCACUGCUCUUGUGAUGACAACGAAAGAGGCAUCGAGCAGACUCUUCGUGCGAUGCGAGGACACUGUUUCCGGGGCUGAACGAUGCACCAAUCUUCGAGGCGAGGAGACCGAAAUUAUUGAUAAGGGUACGAACAUGGAGAAUUUGAAGCCCGUAUUGCCAUUCUCUGUAGCUGGACCCAAUCUUCAACACAGCUCUUCAACCAAAAAGAGCACAGCGGUAAUAUUCCUCCAUGGAUUGUUCAGCUCUUCCUCUUUCUGGUUUGACACGAAGUUGAUCCCUUGCCUCUCGGAUGAAAUUAAGAACCACCACAGGAUUCUUGCGCCCGAUCUUCUGGGUUGCGGGCGGAGCCCAAGACCUCUGGAUUGUGCUUACACGGUAACCGACCACAUUGAAGUGCUGGAGAAAUCAAUACUUCGAAGGCAUGCGCUGGAAAGCUUCCACAUCGUGGCUCACUCUAUGGGAUGCAUCAUGGCCCUGGUCCUUGCGGCCCGUCAUCCAGACAAAGUGAGAUCCAUCACGUUGAUCGCUCCUGUGUACCCACCAGGAAACUUCGACGCGAGCGGCAAAUUGGAUCGACUGCCCUGCGAUGCCUUCUUCUCCUUCCUCCAGCCCUUCACGGUUAAAGGAUUUCGAGGUUUGUUAGUCAGCAAGUAUUACAAUAUCAGUCGGGCAGCAGCAAUCUUAUUCUAUGCGAGACACACGUUCUGGGUUUCGUAUUUUUACAGGAAAUGGAAGCGGUUCCCCAUCUCAUUCAUUGCAGAUUACAUCACCAACCACCAUGACGCUGCAUGGCACAUGACUCACAACUCCCUGCUAGGCGGCACGCAUGCUGUCAUCCCCGCACUGAUCAAACUGCAGAAGCUCAACAAACGCAUCCUGGUCUACCACGGGGAGGAUGACACCUCAUGCCACAUCUCCCUGUCGGAGGAAAUGAGCCGCCGAUUCUCCAACGUAGCUCUUCACAAGGUCCACGGUUUUGGACACGUCGACGUGCUGUGGAAGAGAGAGGAGGAGCCUUGUCGAUUGAUAGGGCAGGAGAUUCUCGACGGUGACUCAAAGUUCGCAGCCUUGAAGCAGCAGCAAGCUUGUUAGAUCCACGCCAUUGCUUAUUUAGAACCGAAACCGGUAGCAUGAAUCUCUGUUUCCCUGCAUCCACCAUGAGGCCUGUCAUGGGCGAGAUGUGUCACAUAGACCUCACUCAUUUGCAUUCUAUUUGUCAUUGAUCUUCGUACUACAAUGCGAAGGAAAAUUGUAUUCCAGUAUGAAGAACAAGAGGGACAUUCCUUCUUUUUUGUCAUACAAUGGACUCAUCAGUUUUAAUAUGCUCUCUAUUUUUGGCCCA